CUCCAGACGCAGGAAGUGGGAGAGCAGGAAGAGUGGGAGCGAGAGGAGGAAUAGUCAUCCCUCCAUUUCAGCCCGAACAGGUUUCAGCGAAAACUGGCUUUAUAACCCAAGAAGCGAAGCUUCCAGAGGGAAACCGGAGAAAAGCAUGUGGAAAGCAGCAGCUGGCCGCUCGGUCUCCGUCACGGUUGAUGAUGGAGUUGAUGACUGGGAGACUGACCCUGACUUUGAGAACGAUGUGACUGAGAAGGAGCAGCGAUGGGGAGCCAAGACCGUAGAAGGUUCCGGUCAUCAGGAGCACAUCAAUAUCCACCAGCUGCGUGAGAAGGUGUCGUGUGAGCACAGCGAGCUGAAGCAGAAGGAGCUGGCCACCAUGCCUAAAGCCUCACACGGCUACGGGGGCAAAUUCGGACUGCAGCAGGACCGCAUGGACAAGUCUGCUGUAGGUCAUGAGUACCAGAGUAAACUCUCUAAGCACUGCUCUCAGACUGACACCUCUAAAGGCUUUGGGGGGAAGUUUGGAGUUCAGACUGACCGUGUGGACCAGUCUGCCGUAGGGUUCGAGUACGUGGGGAAGACAGAGAAACAUGCUUCGCAGAAAGACUACGCCACCGGGUUCGGUGGCCGCUACGGCGUUCAGGCUGACCGUGUGGACGAGAGCGCAGUAGGAUUUGAUUACCAGGGCAAAACCGAUAAACACGAAUCGCAGAAAGACUACACCAAAGGAUUCGGUGGGAAGUUCGGCGUGGAGACGGAUAAAGUGGACAAAAGCGCUGUUGGGUUUGAGUAUCAGGGGAAGACGGAGAAGCACGAGUCUCAGAAAGAUUACGUGAAGGGCUUUGGAGGGAAGUUUGGUGUGCAGACGGACCGCCAGGACAAAUCUGCGGUGGGCUGGGACCAUCAGGAGAAGCUCCAGCUUCAUGAGUCCCAGAAAGAUUAUAAGCGUGGGUUUGGAGGGAAGUACGGGGUGGAGGUUGAGAAGCAGGACAAGUGUGCUUUGGGGUUUGACCACAAAGAAAGCCUGGCCAAGCACGAGUCUCAACAAGAUUACUCCAAAGGGUUUGGAGGAAAGUACGGAGUGCAGAAGGACAGAAUGGACAAGAGUGCAGGAACGUUUGAGGAAGUGGAGAAGCCCAGCACUGCGUACCAGAAAACCAGACCCGUGGAAGCAGCCGGCAGCGGAACAGGCAACAUUAAGGCUCGUUUUGAAAACCUGGCGAAGCAGAAAGAGGAGGAGGACAGGAAACGGGCGGAGGAAGAGCGAGCCAGACGGCAGGCCAAGGAGCUACAGGAGCAGGAGGAAGCGCGCAGGAAGGUAGAGGAAAGUGCCAAAGCUAGAACUCCCUCCCCUCAGCCCAGCCCCACCACCACCACCACCACCACCGCUGCUCCAGAGUAUGAGGAGGCCCACAGUGAGAUAGAAGAGAAGGAAGACAAUGUGUAUGAGGUGGAACCGGUUUCGGCCCCAGCAGCAGAACCCACCUACGACGAACCGGUUCAGGAGGAUCUUUAUCAGAACCAGAGCCAGGUGCUGGAGCAUGAGCAGGACGGCCAGUACCAGGCUGCAGACACUCAGUCCUACGACUAUGGAGAGGAUUUGGGGGUGACCGCUGUGGCCCUGUAUGAUUACCAGGCUGCUGGCGACGACGAGAUUUCCUUUGAUCCCGAUGACAUCAUCACCAACAUCGAGAUGAUUGACGAGGGCUGGUGGAGAGGCGUGUGCAGGGGAGCGUACGGACUCUUUCCGGCCAAUUACGUUGAAGUCCGACAGUAAAAGCCACACCCCUUUCUGCUGGCCACACCCACCUCCCUGGAGGAGAGGGGUUUUCUUGCACAUCGUUUUCCGUCUUCAUCCCUUCUCUUUCCUCUCCUUUCUCCUGCUCCCUCCAUCCUUCACGGUGCUUCUGAAGUGUUGGGCGUUCUCAGGUCUUUCAAUCUCUCUCUCUGCUCUUUCAUUCUAUCCCUCUCCUUUUUUUUCCUCAUCCAUGUGCUCAAAGUUGGUGGGUUUUUUCCCCCCAAACAGAGAGAGAAACUUUCUGUAUCGCUAAUCCUGCUAAGAAAGCAUGAGCUUCCUUCAUUUACUCCGAAAUCAUCCUUUUCUCCUCUCCUCCUCGUUCAUAUUAGCAUUUAGUUAGUCCACAAUUGGCAUAAGUGAUUUAUCGACAGUGUACAUGAAGUCUGGGCUUGGGUUUUCUAUUUUUCUCUGUUUUAUGAAGGUAUUAACUUUGCAUCCUCCCUAAUAAAGGUGUUAAAGGAGGAGCUCAACCGGAUAUGCUAACAUAACGCUGCAUAAUUUGUUGCUGUUUCGUUCAAUGUUAGCAAUAGUAGCAUUUACAUCAGUUGCAUCAUGCUAAUUGGUGACUAUUGACCUCCAUUCAGCAGUGUUAGCAUUUCUAAUUGAGCUGCUCCUUCAGUCACUGUGAGAUCCUGACUGGCCUUGUGUUAUGGAGGGACGUUUAGUCCCGAAACAUACUUCACGCAAGGACGCGAACGCAGACGCUUCGAGCUGCGCUGAUGGGGUUUCACGCAUAGUUGCGACCAAAAAUGUGUCACGACACAUUUCAUAACGUGACGCAAGCGCAAGCUGCUAUCUGAGCAUUACAGCAGGGGGCGCUGUAACGACAACCAAGCCUGUCCAAGUGGACAACUGCCAUAGCAGACAAGCAGUCGAGUCUCACAGAAAAACGGUUUACAUAAACAUAAAAAUAUGAUACAUUAUCAUCUUUCCAUUCCAGCAGAAGAGCUAAAGCAGUUCACUCUCCUCUACUGCCCAUGUUUAGCUUUUGAGGCUGUUGGAAUGACAGUAGAUCCUCUCUGAUUCUUCCUCUAGCGCCCCCUUUCAGUAGGAACGCAGGUGAGUUGGUACAGUCAUUUGCGUUCACGUACUUGUGUUGAGUAUGUUUCUGGCCUUAGAGAUGCGGUAGGACCACCAAAGAUCCGAGUGUUUUUGCAUGCUUGAGAGCUAAUGCAGUAGAGUUUGGUUGGUUUGUUGGAUGAAGCAGCUCAUACUUCUCGUUUGCUUCCAUUAUCUCCAUCAUGUUAGCACUCCGUGGCUCUGAAGCUUCUUGUUUUGAGCAGCUUUUGCAUUUUGCAUCAAAAUAAAACACUAAUGCGUGUUCGUUUGUAGCUACAAAUCGACAAGAAAAAACACUAAAUGCUGAAAUGACACCUCCUGACCACGUUACCCUUUUUACUUGGCGGCAUGCGACAACUGACCUGCAACCAGCUUUGCAGGCCCUUCCCAAUAUUCCAGGAUGUGUAUAAACAAAGAAAUAUGUUUUUUAUGAUCGGACAGAUAAUAUAUAUUAUGGAUUUUGAGAAGCGGAAUCGCAGGUGGCGUCAAAGUCUAGGUGAAGUUUGUUUGUAUGUCCUGGGCAUGCAGUGUCGUCGUUCGUCCUGGUCUGUGUCCGUGUGCUCACUGUGUGUUGUAGUGUAUUGUACUCGGGGCCACUGUAACGUUUUCAUCUUGACCAACACAAUGUAACGUGAGGAGGCUUUUACGUCUGAGUGUGCUGGGAUGCUGUAACUGCGAGCACUAUUGAUUUUGAUAUUAGCUUAAUAUGAUACAUAGCUUAAUUUUAUCUAGCAACAAUUCCGUUCUGGUGCGGUGGGACGCUAAUUCAGUUAGUGAUGCAUCUUAAGGUGUAGCAACGGCUAAUCACAACAUCCUUUUGGGUUGGGGGUUUUAUAAAAGUGUCCUUUUCAGAUCUUUUUAUUUUUAUCUGUAUUUUGCUGGCUUAAAUCUCAUUACGUGCUUGUUUGUAAGAAAUGGAAUUUCAAUUAAUAAAAACACCAUAGUUGAACAGUU